GGAAAUACACAGAUGAUUGGCUGGAUGGUUAGGCUUCAGUGAAGUCGGGCCUUUCUGUUACAGAAAAACACAUCAGCAAACUGAACCACGCAGUCCGCAUUACAAGGAGCAACACUUCCAUUGCUAAGGACAGACUAGAAAGACCAAGCAACCCUUUCAUUCCAUCAAACCACAUGCCCUAUAAGCAAGAUAUUCAGAAGUAAUGAAUUUUGGACCCACUUUAUAUUAAGCCUGGUGUGCCUUAAUUUUAUCCAACAUACAUCCAAGGGAUUUUCUUUCAAGGUAAAUCUCUACAUAUGAUACUGGCUGAAUAUGGAAGAAUAGAAGUACUUUUUCAAGCUAAAACAAAACAUCUCAGCUGGAGUACAGAGUGUUUUCCUUUUCUUGCUAUUGGCAAAUCCUGCAUUAGUGUACCCAGCUAGUGCUCACUGCCAUAGUCGCAGGUGGAGAAUCUAGGGGAAACAAGUAUGAUAUAGAUCAGGCCUGCACAACUCAGCACGGGCCAAGUUCUUCUAAAUCUAAAGAGAACAUCUGAGGAUCAUAACAGUUGAUUUCUUGGGGGAGGGUGGUUUGACAAAGAAGAGUGUGGUCAGAAUAAUCAUUUGAAGAUCAACAUUAGCAGUUUUGGAACAACAGGACCUAGAAUGCUGUCAUUUUCCAUGAAGGAAUGAAUGGUCCAUUUGAGGAAAAAUGAAAAAGGGCCAGCAGUAGAGAGAAAACCAAACGCUUGAUGUGCAUAGGACCAACACAACAGGUGCAAUGAAUUCAGAGCACGAAGUCAGCAUUUCUCAGACUGUUGUUAAUGGCUUACCUUCUAAUAGCCAUGUGCAAGACAAAGCAGCUGAAAUCCCCUUAAGUGCACGCUCUAUCUCUGCUGUUAAAAUCAUCCCAGUGAAGAGGAUGAAAAGCUCUCCUGACUUAAUGUUGUCUAAAGAUGUGGAUCCUACAAAAGUAUGUACGGGAAAGGGAGCUGUGACUCUACGUGCAUCCGUAACAUGCGAUGACCUACCAUCUUCAAGCAUAAAGCCUAGUCAAGAUGAUAGACUUUCCCCAGAGCCAAGCAAAGCAGAAGCAGAUGGUUGGAAACCACCUCCCAGCAUUGAAUCCAAUGGAGAAGAGAUAGGCUCUUCACUGGCUGCAAAGGGUUAUCGAAGUGUACGACCUAAUCUUCCAGAUGACAUCAAAGCACAGUCACAGAAACCUCCUCCCCGUCCCUCUCCUCCUAAGGAGGAAAGCUUUGCAUGGCGUCCACAGACUAACUAUAAACCUUCCCACCUCUCACGUGUUCCAAUUAUGGAUUGCUUAUACAUUAGCAUCCCAAAACCUUACACACGCUCAUGCUCACAUGAUGUCAGUAGGGGGCCAAGCUCCACACUUUCUUUUGAAAGCCCACAUCACCCUUUCACAUUUGUCACACAUGAACCUGCUAGUACAAUUCCUAGUGGCAUGCAGCACACUGGGCAGUUUUCUUCCUGCCAUUCCCUUUUGCCAGAUGCAGCACUGUCACACACUACCACAAAGGAGAACAGCACUGAUACAGUUAACAAUGUUGGGCUAAGUUACAGUCACAAGUCCACCCCUGAUCGAAAGGUCAGCAGUCUGUUUGUUGCUUGUUUGGCUAACAGCACUAGUCCAGCUACAUCUGAAAACACCAUGAUUCUUCCACAUGAGGAAACAGUAGGUGGCUGUCUGGAGGCUGAUAUAACCAAAACACUGGCCACAGAACACCCUUCCAGCUUAAUAACCCCCUGGACAUCCCCCUUUCCUCUUUCCCCUCCUGUCCCUCCCAGGCCAUUGUUUGGUGCUGUGUUAAGCCAAGAUGUGGGCAGCAACGCACAUACAGAUUCCUUCCAGAUGCCAUCAGCACAUCACUUUGACUUGAAUACUUAUACAGCGCUUAACGUUCCAGUCACUGCCACUUCAACAAGACCAGUGAGAACAGAAAAAUGUCAUGGACUUCAGCAGCAGCAUCCACUACAGGUCAAGAUUUCCAGCCUGGACAAUGUUUCAGCCACAGCUCAGCCUGAGGUAAUAGUAGUGUCACUUGAGCAGCAUAACGCAAAUUCAGAACAAGAAGGCACUUCGAGCUCCCCACCUCCACCACUGGUUUCUGCUGGCAAAGAAGCACCACUUCCUGAAAUCCUUUCUAGUGGUGCGCCUCUGACUUUUCCAACACUUGAUGAUUUCAUUCCCCCUUAUCUGCAGAGGGGAUUAUCCCACAGUCCAUCAUUGUCAAGUGCUGCUUCCUCCAUUAAUCAGUCACUACCAUCACGCUCACCACCACCUCUACCACCUCCUCCACUGGUUCUCCCAGUAAAGGAGGAGUCACAUUUCAUCGUGGAGCCUGCAGUUUCAGGAGUCGACUCUUUUACAGGUACAUUUUCAGAAGUAAAGGAGGGUUUGCCUUCUACAGCCAGUGCAGAAUCCCAGCCCUCCUUUACAUCACUUGGGAAGCCUUCUUCUGUUUAUCCUUCCACAACAAUCGUCAACCCUACUAUAGUUCUCCUGCAGCACAACAGAGAACAGCAAAAACGGAUUAGUAGUUUGGCAGACUCUGUGCCUGAUAAAGCAUCUGACUUCAACCAUAGAUCUUCAGUUGGGCAAGAAAGUUUUCAUGCUUUUAAUAACUUACCAAGUGACAGAGUGGACAUGGACAGCAGACGGACAAGGGUCCCAGCAGGCUUUUCUUUGAUUAACAACUCCUCGGUGGACGAAAUGGACAUACCACUACGGAACACUGAGAAGUCCAAGGAAUGGUACAAGAACAUGUUCAAACAGAUUCACAAGCUCACCAAAGAUGUUCCUGAAGAAAAUCCAUAUGUUCCCACCUAUCGAUUCCCUGAACCACCUGAGACUCCACAUAAAACCAAAGAAGAAAAUCCUUACAUACCUACCUAUCAGUUUCCUGAGAAUUCACCUAGUCCUAAGUCAGAAGGAAAGGUCACUUACACCCCAACCUAUGUCUUCUCAGAGAUUGCUAAUCGAAAUUUUGAAGAAGAUGAAGAUUCUGACUCAUACUCACCACGCUAUUCAUAUUCAGAAGACAUGAAAAUACAAACACAAGUGCCUCGUUCCAGAAGUGCAAUGGACAACAGUACAGAAAGUGAGAUAGUUGUUAAACGAUCUGCUACGUUGCCACUUCCAACACGUUCUUCCUCCUUAAAGCCAGUCACUGGGAGGAAUGAUUGGGAACCUCCAGACAAAAAGGUUGACACUAGAAAAUACAGAGCUGAACCCAAAAGUAUUUUUGAAUAUGAGCCUGGCAGGUCUUCUGUGCUCGUCCAUGACAAAACGCCUCGGAAUUUAAGUCCAGAAGAAGUAGAUUUAAGCAACGAACCUUGGUAUAAAUUCUUUUCGGAGCUGGAGUUUGGAAAGCCGCCUCCAAAAAAGAUAUGGGAUUAUACUCCAGGAGAUUGCUCUAUCCUUUCUGUAGAGGAUAGAAAGGGUACAGCUGUGAGUCCUCCAAUAGAACAUCCAUCAGAUCAUCUCUACUUACCAUCACAUGUGCCAGACUACCAUGUAGCUAAGAAGGAUUCUGAAAAAAUGACAGGAGAGCAGACUGGGCUGGACAAUGAGCGACAUAUUUAUAAAUGUGUCUUGGAAGGGGGUGAUAUUCCCUUCCAAGGGUUAUCUGGCCUUAGCAAGCGGACAUCUAGCUCGUCAUCCUCUAAAGUGGAUCGUAAAGGUGGGAAUGCACAUAUCAUUUCACCUACUGCACUUUAUUGUAGAACAUUUAAUUCUAAUAAUGUAAUAGGUAAUUCGCAGAAACAUAAGAAGCCACUAUCUGCUGCAAAAGCUUGCAUCUCAGAGAUCCUGCCCUCCAAAUUCAAACCCAAACUAGUAUCUCCAAAUACUGCUAAAGCAGACAAAGAGGACAAAGUUGCUCCUCAGCCUAAAGCACAGAGUUGUGAAAACCUUCACGAGCCAGCAUCCUCCCCUGCUAGUAAAAGGGUGCAUGGGCUAGAAGUAGGGGAAACCACAGAGUGUUUUAUAGUGAACAGGACCAAUGAUCGUGUUCCAAGAUCAGGCAGUGCAGUCAGCCUGCAGGAGUGUGGCAUGCAUUCUCACAAAUGUUCUCUUCCAGUGGGAAAGAGUUGGACUGAAUUUGCAGCACUUUACAAAAAUAUGCACAGUAUUAAUCGGGGUGGCUUGCAUAGCAACAUAAUCUCCUACAGUGUGAGAGACAUUGCCUCACAGUUUGAACAAGAGAUCCAAGACCAAAGUGAGCCAAGUUCUAGUCUGGAUGAACCAGACCAAAUACCAAAGCAUGCAGUGUCAUCAAAGGUAACAGCGUUUGAACAAAUUAUCCAAAGGUCCAGGUCUUUGCCAACACUGGAUGUUUCUUGUAGGGGCUCAAACAGCAAAAGUUCAACACCUUCGCCACUCAGACACAGACCAUUUUUGAACUGUGCAGUUUCGGCUGAAUCUUUGUUAGAAUCAACAAAAAAAGAGAAUGAAGAAGUACGGAGUGUUCAGUCUGCAGUCCCCAGUGUGUCUGCCUCUGAAAGUGAGGCUGAAGAUUUGGCAUCAGAACAAAGUGACUUUGCACAAAUAGACACUGCAUCUGCUUCUACAGACAUUGAGACUGACCGCCUUUCUAUUGCCUCAACCGAGAGUUCAAGCAGCAGCAUCAAACAGUCCCCAAAGCCCCAGAUCAGUAAAUGCAAAGGAGCUUGCCCUGCUUCCUAUACCAGAUUCACGACAAUUCGAAGGCACGAGCAACAACUGGCCAAAGCAGUUGCUUCUAGGCUAGAGAGUCAAGGCUACAGGAAUAUACUACAAAAAAAUAUGUAUUUAAUGGGCCCUCUACCAUUUCGAUUGAAAAAGGCUCUCCACAAUGAUGCAAAAAGGAACUUAUCUGGUUUUUCAUUAGUACAGAUGCAAAUGGCAAAUGCUCAGUUCAGUGCAGCAUCUCAGGAGGAAGGUCCUCUUGAAAAAAAUGUGGUGAACCAGUUUCUGUCUGAGGAAAAGCCCUUUAUCCCUAAGCGUCUAUCUUCCAUUGAUAUUUUAGAACGAUUUCAGUUAUCCAGCUCAGAGUCUGAUCCAGGCAAUUCUAUUUUACAACCUGAUUUCUCUGACACAGUUGACAGUGGAAAUGUGUUACAUGCUACACAUAAUUGCCUGGACUCAAACAACAACCAGUCCACUGAACAUGGAACUUGUAUCUCAGAUUCAGAAUCUCCAAGGCAUUUUACCCCUGCUGAUCGAAUGGAAAUGCCUGAAGACAUUUUCCACAGACGCUAUGAUGAUAAAGAGAAACUGUUAGAGGAACAGAGGCGGAUUAAGCGUGAGCAAGAAGAAGCUGAUAUUGCAGCUAGAAGGCACACAGGAAUUGUUCCAACACACCAUCAGUUUAUCACUAAUGAGCGGUUUGGGGACCUCCUUAAUGUAGACGAUUCAGCAAGAAGGAAAUCUGGGUCAGAGAUGAGACCUGCCAGAGCCAAGUUUGAAUUUAAAGCACAAACACUGAAGGAACUUCCUUUACAAAAAGGUGAUGUGGUGUACAUCUACAGACAGAUAGAUCAGAACUGGUAUGAAGGAGAACAUCACGGCAGAGUCGGAAUCUUCCCAAUGAGUUAUGUGGAGCUGUUGCCACCAACAGAAAAAGCUCAGCCAAAAAAGAUGCCACCUGUUCAAGUCCUGGAGUUUGGAGAGGCCAUUGCUAGGUUUACAUUCAAUGGAGACACACCAGUGGAAAUGUCUUUCAAGAAGGGCGAGAGAAUUGCACUUAUUCGAAGAGUAGAUGAGAACUGGUACGAGGGAAAAAUAGUGGGCACAGGUCGGCAAGGCAUCUUUCCUGUUUCAUAUGUUGAUGUUAUGAAAAGACCCCGUGUGAAGAAUGGAGUAGACUAUCCUGACUUGCCAACAUCUACUUCUCCAAAUCGCAGCACGACUGCCUCACCCCAAUAUGCUGGUUAUGACAGAUUUCACACUCCAACACCACCACCUCCCCCUAGGUUCAUCUACAGAGCUUUCUCUCCUGAACUACAGGCUAUUACUGCUGAGUGGAUCACUCUGACCGUAGGAGUGACCCCCAACAGCACUCCCACAGUGACACCUCCUCUUCCUCCUCUACCAGAAGGCUUUUAUUCUAAUAGUGACUGCCUCACUCCAUCUGCAGCUGCCAGCCCAACACCCUCAACAAGCCUCACCCAUUAUAAUACAUCAGGUACAUCCACUCCUUGUUCUGCCACAUCUCCUUUGCCACCUUAUCUUAGCAGGCCACAAUCCUCCGGACGAAAUGUAACACCAUAUCGUGCAGAGGACAGGUCUGUGUGCACCCCUUCCUCCAAAACUCCUUACAGCAGCAGUUUCCCUUCCUCAGUAGGGGCCAGUCCUGUUGAUUUUAUGGCAGAGCUUACAAGUCUCAUGAAUAAGAAAAGUGGCCCCCAGAGAAAUAAAAAAGAUGGCACAAAUGCAGAAAUGGAGACAGCAGAUACUGGUUGCAAAGCCAGGGCUACUGGAAACCACAGACCUAGCAGUCAUAUCAGGCUGCACAGUCCUUCAGACCUCAACAAGCUUGUAGAGCCUGAUAAAGAGCUACACAUGGAGCAGUUUGAUGAUAAGUUAUGCGAAGAACUGCUGAGCAUUGUUCAUGGAAAUAACAGGUCAGAAAGAAUCACAAAGAAAACUGAGAAACUGGAAGUACCAAAGUGUUCACACCAAUAUUCAGACAAGCUUUUCCGGAUUGAAGACAACCAUCCUGGUAUGACACCCAGGAGCCCUGUAAUGAUGUGUGAUUCACCAGUCAGUGCCAUGACCCCAAGUCCUUUUGUGCCUUCUCUCCCAUCAUUGAGAGUUGGACCCGAUCUCACAGAGUCUGACAAGAGCUAUGUGGAAGCAGUUUGCAAUGAAAUCAUAAACAUUGCAGAGAAAUCUGUCCAUUACUGCGGCACUAUCUCUUAUCCUUUUGACUCUCAUCAUAAACUGUCUUCCAAUGGCAAUAAACAAUCUUUAAUCAUUUCUCAGCAACCUCAGGCACAGCAGAGAGGACCGAGUUCUGACCGCUGCAGCAAGGAAAUAGAACUCUACCAAGCCUUAUACAGCUAUGUGCCACAGAAUGAGGAUGAAUUAGAGUUGAAAGAAGGUGACAUAGUGGAUGUCCUGGAAAAAUGCGAUGAUGGCUGGUUUGUAGGUACUUCCAGAAGAACAAAACGAUUUGGCACUUUUCCCGGCAAUUAUGUGAAGCAACUUUAUGUGUAAAAGAACUUUGAGCAUGACAAUACUAGCAAGAAGGCAAUUUGUAUAUUAUUAAGAAGAGUAUAAACCUUUCUGAACUGUUGACUGGGCAGGUGACCGAAGUCUUUAGCAAGAAUGGAAACAUCAGAGCUAUGUGAAUACACAGCACAGAGGGAGGAGGGUUCACAGACUUAACAACCAUUGUCUCAGGCUUAAAUAUGUAUGUAAAUGGUAUUGUCACCCUCUGGGAAAAAGCUGAAGAAGUGCUGGAAAACUGCAAGUGUAAGGACAGGGUGACAUCUGCCAUCCAUUCAUAUGAAUAUUUUAUUUUUGGUUAAAUCAGAAAUGUGCAACAUAGUCUUUUAGUUUUGUUAUCAUAUUUUUCUAUUUAAGAGUUCUAUGUUAAAGAAGUUUGCAGUUUGAAGAGAAAAUGCCAGAGCAUGGCCAGAUGUUUUUCUUCCCAUGUUAACCUUGAAAGCAACAGAAAUUGUAUUUUUUUUUGAGAGCAGCGUGUCAUCCAACCGCAUGACAGUUUUAUGAUGCCUUGCAAAGUGAAUUUCUGUAGUGUAGUUUUCUUGGUGGCAUAUUUUUAAUUCAAAACCAUACCCACCCAUUUGCUAUGAUAACAUCAAAAACAGGUAUUCUGUAUACUUCUCUUGAUCAUAUUUUCACUGUGUGACUUAAAUGCAUAACCAGCGUUGAAGCCUUGGUAUGGGAAAUGCUCUUACAUAGUUCUCUGUUUAAUUGAUGUCUCUGUUUAAGUCCAGUUCAGGUUAACAGAGUCAGGAUUGGGAGGGAUUAGUAGGUUCCCUUGAUUAAGUUAAUAUAGCUCUCACUUUUUCUAAUAGGUUCUUGUAUGAAACAAAAAGGUAUUUUAUUCGAUUGAGUUUGGAGUAGAAAGCUUAUACAUAGUGCUUGCUAUGGUCACAGAAUAUAACCCACAGAUUUGAUAUCAAAAGUAUUGAAGCCUGUGUUAGUAUCAAGAAAACAAGGCUGUUUAACUUGUUUAUUUAUAUCAUCUAAAACAGGCCAAUAGACCCACACACACACACACAAAGAUCUUAUCUUACUACAAGGCUGAAGAGAGAGAGGGGGGUAAUGAAUGGGCUAGUACUUGUGGUUACCAUGGCAACUAAAUGACUGAUGAUGCAGCAACUCUAACCUUUACCCCCUAAAAAUUUAAAGUUAAGAAUGGCUGAAUAGGGUACUGUCCUACAUACUUCAAAUUUGCCUGUCAUAGCAUCGUCAGAAUGGUCUUUAAUGCUUUGCCUGGUUCCAGCUUCUAGGAUUCCUUCAUACAGUGCUUUUGUCUUUUUUUCAGAGUAAUUCAGUGGCUUGUUUAAAAAAAAAAAAACAGAUAUGAAAGGUUUUAAAUGCUAUUUUUUUCAUAACAUAUUUAGUAAUUGAAAAAAUAUUUUUAUGCUAACACUGUUUAUAGAGAUUUCCUUACCACUUGAAAUAAGAAAUGCAGUUAAAAUCAGUACUUUUUUCAUUUUCUUGAAAGCAUUUUUAUGGCAUCAGCUCCCCAAGGUUGUAGGGAGAAAAUGGGGACGCUGAAGGUUAUGAUUUGUAAAUAUGUAUAUUUGCUUUUGUACAGAACAUGUACUUAUCCUGUAUAGAAAAAUAAUUUAAUAGAAGAGUUUAACAUGAUAGACAUGUGAAAGGGAAUUACAGAGUUUUCAGUAUCUACAGUUUAUUUAAAAAAAAGUAGAUCAUACUGCAUAAAAUCAGUGAGGGACAUCAAGCAAGCAAAGAAAUAAGAGUUUGUGAUAAUUGUUGAGAAAACUUUGGAAAGUAUAUGUUGAUCUGGUUAUGUUAUGACAUGUUUUCUUUCUUCUUUUAUCCUUGCUUUGUUUUGUAGUAUUAUAAAACAUCAGAUGGAAACAAAUUUCUUUUAUUACUCUGUAUCAGCUCAAGAGUUUUCAGUAUUUAUACAUAAUUGGGGCUUAUCUGUAGAUGUGACAGGGACAGUUUGUGUGCCCCAGUAUUUGCCUGUGUAGGCUAGCUCAUGUACACUGCCCAUUCAAAACAAAUACUAUGGGUGUGAAACAGAAUGUUUAAAGGCAGGGAAGGCUGCAGAUGAGAGCAAAACUAGUCUACAGCAUAAAUGGCACAUUAAGUGCCUUUGUCACUCUGCUGUGUGAAUGAAUAAAGAUAUACUACAAUAGCCACAGACUCAGAGAUGCUUGUUUCAAGUGACAGUAGACAUUAUUAGACAAACUCUUUCUCUCUCUCUCUCUGGCAGCGCAUCUAUCAUUUUUAGUAAGUACUACUUCAGUGCCCCUCCUCAACCACCUGUCUGCCUUGGCACUGCCAACCCUUAUCUUGGAUGACCAUAAAUCUUCCUGUUCUGCAGCUAAGUCUGUUUGAGACACAGCAAUGGCUACAAAGAUGGUGAAUAUUUGUUGCAUAGAAAAGGUGCUCUGUGUGACUUUUCCAGGCACUCUGCAUACCCAUAAAGAAAAAGAGGAUAUGUGUAUUGAAACUUGGUCACAUUAGACUGAAGUUUUCCUGGAACCAUAUAUCUUGCAGGUAGUGGGGAGUAGUCCCCAUUGACUGACUUGUGUUGCUACACUGGAGUGAAUGAGGUGUUUGAAGCUGAGCUGUCUUUGUCUGGUAUCUAAAUAUUGUAGUCACGAAAAGUAAUUUAUUUUGCUUCUUUUUUAGUUUACAAUCAGACGUUAUAAAAAUUUAAGUGGAAACAUUGCGGACUGUAGAGAGUGAAAAGACCGUUGAAACACUGAAAAAUAAGAGAACUGAGUUAGAAAAGCAAGUCAAGGAGUGGAGAAGGUUUUUUUUAUUUAUUUUCUUGGUGACAGCAUUGGUUAUUGUGACAGAUUAUUAAUUUGUAUAGCAUUUGUAAGAUGGGAUGUUGUAGAAAAAAGAAAGAUUUAUAACAGCUAGAAUAUUCUUCCUUAGAGAACUAUAUAGCACACUAGAAUGGACUUAUGUGUGCCUCAGUCAUUUAUAAAUGAGAAGUCGGUGCAUUAUAUACUAUCAGCAAAAUGGUUGAACAGCACACUCUUGGAACAUGCAAGUAAUACCAUGAAAAAAUAUAUCGGGG